AUGGACAGUUUACAAAGCGCAAGCAGCUUUUUAGGAGGAAUUAAAAAUGUUUCCCUUCACUGGGAAGUGCCUAUUUUUAGUGCUUUUAUCUAUAUAGUGUGGGUUGUUAGAAACAACAAGAGAAUUAAAGAAAAAAAGGAGAAGAAAGAGAUACUUAAUCCUCAACUAAGUACAUCGGAUAAGUCAAAAAAGUCUUCUUCUGUUACGCCAAAAAGCGUACAGUUAAAGACAUUUAUUUUUGCACAUAACAUGGGGAUGUCUAUCUUCAGCAUGCUUGUGUUUAAGAAGACAUUUGAAGUUAUCUACACUGGAUUCAUAACGCUACCUUUUGAGAAAUUUAUAGUUGACCCAGGCAAUCAGAUGGAAAAGAAGUUAUCCCCUUGGAUCUGGAUAUUCUACAUAUCUAAAUACUAUGAGGUAGUAGAUACUCUGAUACUGUUUAUGAGUAACAAAGAGAGCUCUUUUUUGCAGAUGUAUCAUCAUGCAGGGGCAAUUGUUGCUUGUUGGCUUGUUUCUCUUUCUGAGUCGUAUAGUGGCUGGAUAUGGGUAGUCCUAAACUCCUUUAUUCACAGCACAAUGUAUUUAUAUUAUGCAAUGACCGUAGUAGGAAUAAGAGCUCCAUUUAAGAGAGCCAUUACAUUUAUGCAGAUAGGGCAAUUCUUUGUAGGGCUGUUUUUUGGCGCAAUCUAUAUCAGUAGAGAGACGACUUUUAGCAGCGAGCCAACCCUUCGAUUCUAUCAGUAUUCUGCUAUUAUUUUCAAUAUUGUAUAUGUUAUUAUUCUUAUAGGUCUUUUCAUUAACUUUGAAAGGCAGACAUACAGAAAAAUAUCUGCUAAGAAAGCACCAGUGACGAAUCAGAUAGAGUUGACAGAAUCUGUACCGGCACCUGUUCUUGCCUCUAAGUCUUCAAGUGCUCUCCUAAGCCCCUCGUAAAUGAACCAAUUGGCGGGUGUCUUAAUUUACCA